AUGAAACCGACUAUUGUGUCGAAUCUUGAGAUGGAUGACAGCCUCUUGGGGGGUGAACUUUUUGGCCCUAUCUGCCCUGUGGUCAAGGCAGAUACGAAAGCAGCCUGUGAAGCAGUGAACACCAAGGAUCAUCCCUUAGCGUUAUACAUCUUCAGUAACGAUAAGAGCGAAAUUGAAACUAUACUCAACAACACAAAUUCCGGUGGUGUCACAAUCAACGACGUCGUCCUCCACGCAGGCUUUCCCGGUGCGCCAUUCGGGGGAGUUGGAGGAAGUGGCCACGGCUACUACCAUGGGCCGUACGGGUUCAAGCAAUUCUCACAUUUAAGGGUAGUCGUGAACACGCCCAAAUGGCUGGAGCGUUUUAUCGAGUUUCGGUAUCCGCCCUACGACAAUUCUAAGCUAGCUAAGGUGCCAAAACCUAAAGCCAAAUUCAAGCGAGGGGAGACCAUCGAAGACCAACGACCAGGGGGAUUAUGGCUGUCUCGAGCAGGGGUGUUGGCGGCAGUAAGCGUCGCCUUUGGUGCUUUUGCCUAUUACCGGCGGACAUCUCGUUAA